UUGAACGCGCGUUUGUCGCGGUGACAACAGUCCGGAGCUUGAGAAUAGAACAUGAACAGUGUUCGAAGGGAAGCGGGUAGUUAGUUCAUAAUGCUCGUUCUCCGCUGAGGAAGUGCUCCAUUUUGUCAACCCAUUCAGGAGACCCGUCAGACCAUGAACUACGUGGGCCAGUUGGCGGGUCAGGUGUUCGUACAGGUCAAGGAGCUGUAUCGAGGCCUCAACCCGGCCACGCUGUCGGGCUGCAUCGACGUCAUCGUCGUGCGGCAGCCCGAUGGCUCCCUGCACUGCUCGCCCUUCCACGUCCGCUUUGGCAAGAUGGGCGUCCUCCGCUCCCGAGAGAAAGUGGUGGACAUGGAAAUUAAUGGAGAGCCAGUGGAUCUACAUAUGAAGCUCGGCGAUAAUGGAGAGGCUUUCUUUGUCAAAGAAAUGGAAAAUAAUCAGGAAGUGGUUCCCCCCUACCUGGCCACCUCUCCUAUCCUGUCAGACGGGCUCGUUCUGAUGAGCUCCUCGCUGAUGGGGAAGACCUCCGGGCCUUCCGUGCAGACCCUGGGCUCCGCGGGGAGCAGCGGUGAGACCGGCAGCGCGAUGGCGAUGAUGAUGAAGAAGAGAAGAAAGAGAAGGAGGAAAGCCCGGUCCGACAGCAUGAAGAGUGAGGAGGGCGGCGACUACUCGGAGGACGAGGACGUGUUCACCAUCGACAUCAGCUCUGAUGAGGAGAUGGACAGCAACAGGCCCUCUUCCAGGGAAGCGGCACUCGGGCCGACCAAUGGUUCUUUCAAACAGUCCGCCGUCUAUGCGCACUCCGAUGGCGACUGGAGUCCCCUCCAGAGCCCAGGAAACUCCCGUCCCGCUUCUCCCAAAAGCGACACUGAGCUCAUGAUGAAGCCUUCCGAUGCAGUCGAUCAAGAUUCGGCCAUGCACUGGGCGUGGGGAGAGCUGCCUCAGGCUGCUACUCCAUCUUUCCUUUCAAUGAAAUCCGAGCCACCGCCAGUUUGUCCCGUGUCAAUCCCGGUAUCGGAGAGCACGCACUUCCGAGUGAUCGCCCACGAGGCCUCAUCAGAGGAGAUUGCCGUCGCCAUGGCGAUGGAGACAGACUCUUCGAGGGUGGAGACAUCGAUGGAUUGCGCGGCGUCCCAUAUGACGUCAGAUGUGGAGGAGACAACGGGCCGCCCGUCGGUUAAUACUGACUCUCCGUCGAAGAAAAAAGACAAAAGGAGCCGUCAUCUCGGCGCUGAUGGAGUUUAUUUGGAUGACCUCACCGAACUGGAGCCUGAAGUGGCCGCCUUGUAUUUCCCAAAGAGUGAUGGAACCGGAGCAGUGAAGAGCGUGUCGGACCCGGGCCUCCGCAGCACCAGCCUCUCCCCUCAGUCGCUGAGCUCCGGGGGAGACAGCGGCGUAGACGGCUUCAGCGACCCGAUGGGCGACCUGCCGUCCAACGCCAUCUCGCUGUGCGGCGGCCUGACCGACAACAAGGAGAUAGGCAAAGAGCAGUUCCACGCAAAGAUCAUCUCGUACCAGAAGUUUGUUCAGAACCCGUCGGUCAUUGACGACCCCAACCUGGUGGUGAAAAUUGGCUCCAAAUACUAUAAUUGGAGCACUGCUGCUCCCAUCAUGCUGGCGAUGGAGGCCUUUCAGAAGCCACUGCCAAAGGCCGCUGUGGAGACCAUCAUGAAGGAGAAGAUGCCCAAGAAAGGAGGGAGGUGGUGGUUCUCCUGGAGAGGCCGCAACAGCAAAUUGGAUUCCGUCUCGGAACGCGGUGCCUGCGGCUCGGCCCAAGUCGGGACGUUGGCCAGCCGACGUAAAGAAGAGACAUCGUCCAGCGACGAAGAUCACAAGCAGAGCUCCGCCAGCGUCCCGUCGGAGGCCGGGAUGGCCACGGGAAGCGUGUCGUACAAGAAGACGCUGCGACUCACCUCGGAGCAGCUGAUGUCACUGCAGCUUCAGGAGGGUGCCAACGACGUGGUGUUCAGCGUGACCACUCAGUACCAGGGAACGUGUCGUUGCCAGGGAACCAUCUACCUCUGGAACUGGGAUGACAAGAUCAUCAUUUCCGACAUUGACGGAACCAUCACAAGGUCGGACACGCUGGGCCACAUCCUGCCCACUUUGGGUAAAGACUGGACCCACCAGGGCAUCGCACAGCUCUACCAUAAAGUCAGCCAAAACGGCUACAAGAUCCUGUACUGCUCGGCCCGAGCUAUCGGCAUGGCGGACAUGACGCGGGGCUACCUGCACUGGGUGAGCGAGAGGGGCACUAUGCUUCCUGUGGGGCCCGUGUUGCUCAGCCCCAGCAGCCUGUUUUCAGCACUGCACAGGGAAGUGAUCGAGAAGAAGCCGGAGAAGUUCAAGGUGGAAUGUCUAACUGAUAUCAGGAACCUCUUUUACCCCAACACGCAGCCUUUCUAUGCGGCCUUUGGCAACAGGCCCACGGAUGUGUUUUCCUACAAAGAAGUCGGGGUCCCACUGAACAGGAUUUUCACGGUGAACCCCAAAGGGGAGCUGGUGCAGGAACACGCCAAGACCAACAUCUCAUCGUACGUGCGUCUGGGGGAGGUGGUGGACCACGUGUUCCCGCUCAAAAUGCGAGCCUCGUCCUCGGACUUUCCCUGCUCGGACACCUACAGCCACUUCACCUACUGGAGGGAGCAGCUCCCCCUGGUGGACCGUCAUGGAACCACAGCCUCUAGGACCCCGGUCACUGGCAGCUGACCCCUAGUAGUAGUAGUAGUAGUAGUAGUAGUAGUGGUUGUAGUAGUCACACAGAAUGAACCAGCAGCUUGCUACUGCUACAUUCUCGGACUCGGCAUAGCACCUUUUACCAAACACGAUGCGCUGAAGUGCACUUUGUGACUGAAUAAUUGAUUCAGAGCAUCUUAUUGAUUUGAAGUGAGCCUUUAUUUUUACUUGCGAUAAACUUGGUGCCAAAUAUAUACUUUUAUUUUCUUAUCUUAUAUAGUAUAUGUAUAUAUAUAUACUGCGUCUAGUAACAUUUUCCACCACUAUGACAUUUCUGCACAUCCAUCCAUUUUCUGAGCCGCUUCUCCUCACUAGGGUCGCGGGCGUGCUGGAGCCUAUCCCAGCUGUCAUCGGGCAGGAGGCGGGGUACAGCCCUGGACUGGUUGCCAGCCAAUCGCAGCAUUUCUGCACAGAAGUAGAAAAAUGUUGGCAUAUUAGUACAAUAUGUUACAAGUGAGGCAAACUACUAGUGUGCCUGUUGAUGCUACUAGUAGGGUCUCGGAGGCUACUAGUAUGUCACACAUGCCUGCUAGUUGGGCCUAGCUGUGUUAUACGUGCAGCACAGUAAUUUACUUGUAAGGUACUGUAAGCCAAAAGAGGCACUAGUAGGAUACACACUGAAGGCUGCAAUUUAAUCAGUACUCUGCAUUAAGUGUAAAAAAAAAAAAAAAAAAUGUAAUAGGCAAACAAAGGAAAGACACUUUUUUUCACCACAGCACCAUCUGAUGGAUCUGGUGGGGCACUGCCCCACUCCUCUUUGUGGAUAUGCAUUAAGGUUGCAAAAUGUAUACAUACAGUAUGUUCCUCCAGAGCAGGAUAUGGCUAAUUUUUACAAAUGACAUCAGUUAUUUUGUAAAUUUGCCAAAAUGUGAUGUCACAAUGGGGCAAAUCAUCUGAAUAAUAUCAGGAUAAUGUGAGCUUGUUUUUGCACGCACAAUUAGGAAAGAAAACAGACUACGUACUGUGGCUAGAAUGAAAACUCUUAAAAAUAUGAACACCUUUGUCACUUCUUUGGCAUCAAAUGCCUUGGAAUGUACAAAUCUCUUAUUUUCAUUCGAAUGCAUCUAACCAUCACCUGGUAUCCCUUAUAGUGACUUUGUACUGUAAUACUGUAAAAUUCCCUUCAUAACUUCUUGGACAUGACUUUUGAUUGCAUUGACAGAAAGAUUCAUUGUCACUCAUACUUCCUGUUUCGGUCACAUGUUUUGUGACAAACCAAAUCAGACUAUCGCAGUAUCUCUGCUCGAUGACGUGUAUGUACUGUAUUGUACAUUAUGCUUGAAAAUAUGUAUUAUUCUUUCUAUGAAAGAGUUUGAAAUUUGACCCCGUCUUCUCUGUGUAGACCACCCUCACUGUUUAAAUAAGUGUCAACAAAGUCAGAUAAAAAUGA